GUUGUAUUCAUCCAAAUCCAAAUGAACGGCCUUCAAUGGGAGAAGUUGAGGUAACCUUAGAACUUGCAUUGGAGCUGCAGGAGAAAGCCGACUUGGUUAUCAAGGCUGACAAUCCACAUGCUGGCUAUACCUAUGAAGAUGUAUCAUUUCGUGUUUCUUUUGCGGAUCUUAAAAAAUGCCAUAACCCUUUUGCGGAUCUUGAAGAAUACUCUAACUCCUUCAACAGAUAUAGUGUAGAAUUGGUUGAAUCAAUCUCAGUUGCAGGAUCGAUGUCGGACACAGAACUAGAAAUUGGUACGUAGAGAUGAGUUUGGGAAGGAAAAAGGUAUUUCCUGUUUUUGUAUUGAUGAAUAGAGUGAUGCAAUUCCUAUCCAAAAUUAAAUGGCGUUAUCAAAUUCCCAGUCAUUCUUGCCUUGCUG